CCUCUUCCGUCCUCCCUCCCUCCUCUCUGCAGAACAUCCAGCUUCCAAGGUGUGACUUGUACAAACAACAGUCUGGGGAGAGAAGGUUCUGUAUCGUGUCCUGGUGAAGUAUUGGCUAAGUGAGAAGGUUGCUGGGACGACGGCUACAAGGGGAUCCAUUUGAGGUCGAUCUAUCAGCCUGCCUACACCAGGUGAAAGCAACGUGGGUACAUAUAGCUAGUAGUAAUAUCCUGAGAGUUGGCCCUGUGAAGGUCAGGUCACUCCCCUCCGACAGCACUCAUAGGAAUGGAAUCUAAAGGAAGCACCCGAAGCGGAAGCAAACCUGAUGCCAAGGCCGCCAGCUCUGGAAAGCAGGAGAAGCCCAACCCCGGGCCUGCUAUGAAUGCAGACAAGAAGGAAACCCCCUCCAAGGAGCAGCCCACCCCUGUGGCCACAACGAAGAAGGCAGCCAGCGAGGCUCCUGCACUGAAUAACCACAGCAAUCUGAAACCCAGCCCUGCGGCCCCGGAGGUGCAAGAGGCCACCGGCCAGUCCCCUGACUCUGAGCACAAGGGAAAUGGCGCGGAGGAAUCCUCAGGCAGCGUCUUCGAUAACGUGAAGCCAUUGGCCAUUGUUGGAGGUGUGGUGAUGGCUGCCAUUGCUGUAAUUCUGGGAGUGGCGUUCCUAGCCCGGAAAAAAUGAAGACCGAGAAAGGGUUGGGGGAGAGAAAUAUAAUCAACUGUACAGUUCCUUUUGAAACACAUGCAUGCAGUAAAUUCUAUACAUAUCUAUACAUAUAUAGAGAGAGCACUAGAUAGGGUAACUACAGCACCAACAACUACUCCAAAAGUCUUGUUCCAAAGGAGCCGUGCCAGUUUGACCAGUAUGGGUACUCCAUGCACUCAAUAUGUGCUUUUGUGUAAUAUAACUUGGCUUGUACAACUGUGUAUAGAUUACAGCUUCUUCUGAUCAGUGUAAAUGCCGGUGUCCCCUCCCCCACGCUCCUCCCCAGGAGACUCCCCACUUUCCCGUAGUCCCAGCAUUUCCAAGCAGAGGUGUUCUACAUCCCAUCCUGAGUCCCUGCUCUAUUUAUUUUGAUGUUUUUUAAUUGGGUUGUGGUAGAGAAGAGGAAAGGGAAUAGUACUAAGACCCAGUUCAUCAAUUAUUGUGGUUUAUUAUUAAUAUCGUACCCCAACUUGUGCUGGGCGCUUUGCAGACAUGUAAGAAGGCAGCUCCGAGCUUACGGCCUAAUAGGUACAUUAUGUUCCUAAUGCUUAUCACCCAACCUUUAAAAACAAACAGACAAGACAGGAGUAACCCAUAGCUGGAGGUGAGCUGACUGUGUGAUAUAGAAGAGUGUGGAUCACAUGGCAUUAUAGAACCUUUUCUCUGUCUGAGCUGCAAGCCAGUAGCUACAGUGAAGCUCAAGGGGCAAAUAUGUCUCACUGAGAUCUACAGUGCAGUUUGCAGCCCAUGGAGACAACAUACAAGGCUUGGAGUCCCAUCCCCUCUUUAGUCAUACAGAGGACAGUUUCAACCUGCUCCAUGUUAUGUAUAUUGGGGGCAGCCCCAGGCACCCAGCCAUUUGCCAAUGCAGAUAAGACCAUUGGGACAGUGUGGGCAUUCCUGCCCUAGAGGGUGAUAGACUGUUUUGGACACAGUUUCUGAUAAACUUGAAGUGGCCUCAGUAGUGCACUAAGGGCUCAAUCCAAACUGCACUGAUGUCCGUUGGAGUUUUUCCAUUGACUUCAGUGGGCUUUGGCUCAGGCCCUUAAUCCUGGUGCUUUUCCAUCAAAGGUUGAUCUACCACACGCAAGGAGAGAAGAAAAGGCAGACAAGAACUAGGCUUUAAGGGCAAGCAGCACAUGAAGCACUAUGGGAAUGACAUACAUGAACCCCUUUAUGCUGGGAAAACCAUGUGCAAAAGUGAUGAAAACAGAUGGUGCUUGGAGAGAUCUUCUACCCCCUAAUUUGAGUCUACCAGGAAAAUGUGAAACAUCCAUGUCUUGAAAGUGGAAACAAUUUCCCCAAACUUGGAAACAGCCUGGUUUCCUUUGCUGGGGCGGGGAAGGAGGGGGGGAGGAAGGGGUGAGAUAUAAAACCAGACCGUGGGUAGGAAGGGAAAAGUAAGGGAGAGGAUAGAUGGAUGCUCCAUUUACUACAUUGAGAAGAUGAGACACACAGGGAUGAGGGAUGAGUGACCUUUCCAGACUCAGAACUUCCAUUACGACCCGCAUUUGCUGCUGCUGCUAUAGUAUAGAAAGGAUUCUUUAGCCAAUGUUUUGUUUUAAAUGGAGCCAGAAUUGAAACCGAAUCACCCAAAGAGUCACUGGAGCUCAGCAGUAGUACCUGCUAACCGGUGAGUGGUACACAGGAGUGUCACAGUUUUGCAGCGAUGAUUGGCAAAGAUACUGUACAAAAGUCAGAGAAACCGGUCCAAAUUCAGAGGGAAUGUAGAAGGUGGGGUGUAAGUUACAUGUCUGGAAGGGAGCCUGAGCACCUGGGAGUAUAAACCAGUAUAAGGGCUGGAUGAAGCAUCAAUUAUGCCAAGUCUCUUAGUUUCUUACCCCAGAUUUCUUGCAUCUUCCACUGACACAUCUAGUAUCGGCCACUGGUGGUUGACAGGAUACUGGACUGGAUGGACCACAUAUCUGAUCCAGUCUGGCAAUUCCUAUAUUUCUAACUCAGAGUCCUUGAAGAAUUUGGCCUACUUAGUGCAUGUGGCUCAUCAGAAUAUUUGGGCACAGCUUCUUUACAAAUUCCCUUCUAUUCCUGCAGUUAGAUUUUUCACCAUUUUUUCUACAAGGCUCUUAAAAUAUUCCCAGAUGUAUGCGGCCUCUUUGGGAGAAAAUUCUAUCUCCUGGUUUCCAAACUAUUGUGUGUUUCUGAGUUUUAACCUGCAUAUGUUCUUUUCCAUUGCACAGACAGAUGCAAUAUGAUCAGGUUUGCCCCAUUGUUGAAACAAGUGCUAACAACCACCAUGCUUAAACUUGAUAGGUGCUAGCACUGUUUCACCUGUAUUAUGGACAGGACUUGUAACUUCACCUUGUAAUACAAUCCCUCCUGUACUGAGAAGGCUCUGGGAAAACCUUAGUAAGAAUAGACUAGCUACAUCAUGGGGGAUUCCUUGUUGUUAUUUAUCCAGAAGGUUGUUUGGCUGGUUGUUUCUUUAAUAACCUUUCCUUGUUGAGGAGCUAAUUUGUCCCCAUGAUGUUUUGCAGAUGCUGAGAUGUAAAUUUAUUAUUGUAAGCUGGGAUGAGGAUAGGGUGAAGAUGGGGAAGUGCAAAGUAUAGGCAUCUGAGAUGGAGAAGAGAUCAUCGUAAUUGUCUAGCCUGUCUCCUGCCAAUGCAGGGCUGGUGAUUCCUGGAACUUAUGAAGCAGAGAUUUGAUUUCUAGUUUCAAGUGUAAAUUAAUUCAAGAGAUGUUUCCCUAUUUGUUGCCCUCCCAUUUAGUUCUGGCAGAUGUGUUUUCCAAUGGAGUGUGUGAUAAAAAUCACAGAUCUAGCUCCUUUCUGCUCUGAACUAACCAGGGUAGACAGACAUUUAAGGAGGAAAAGGAAACAUUGGAUGCUUCACAGGAGCCUCUCUCUCUCCUUUUAAAAGUAUUUUAAUUUGACUGCAUUAAUUUUUGGAAAACUGAGAAAAAAAGUUCUGAGUUGGGAGGGGCCUGAGCUGCAAAACUUCCAUCCAGAUCCGAACUAUUCCCCAAAGCAUUAAGAUAUGUGAUUUGGAUAGGCCCAUCUCUAGUUCUAAGCCAAUAAUUUCCUCCUGAAAUAUGCCAGAGAGGUUAUUGAGACAUGGGAGAUGGUGACGGUGGCAGGACAAGAAAAUCGUCAUCUUGAAAAAUAACCUUGCCCUCAAUCAUAUUUAUGGCUGUGAAGAAAUAGGUUAGGUCUAUAAGGGAAUCAUUCACUUACUGUAAUUUCUCGGUACUGUUGUCCACUGUCCAUGACUCAUUCUCCAGAACCCAGCUCAUUUGCUGGUCUGAAAACACCCAUUUUUUGUGUGGAUGUGUACAACCCCACCACCUUCUUGAAGAAUAUUACAUGUAUAUAUUACAGUUUACUGCAGUCUUUGUAAAGCCACACACCCCAUAUUUUUUGUAAAGAAAAAUAUUGAGACAACCCUUUAUUUGUGCACCUGCAUUCACACAAAGUGUCCAUGUUUUCUUUUUUGUACCAUUUGCAUUCUGCCAUGCAAUGCCUUAAGCAACAUUUUUGGUCAUGGUUUCUUACCACUAAGAGAAUGUCUGGCUAGGAAACUCCUGAAUGUAUAGCAUCCCCAUUGUGCUACAAGCUAAAAAUUACUGUCUCCCCAUGUUCCCCAAAUAGUCACGUGGGCUACUUGCUUUUAAAAAGAUACUUCCUCUUUUAAAGUAUUUUGGAAUGUGUUGUAUUGUGUUGUAGUGGAACUAGUGCUGGUUUGAGUCUGGUAUAUCACAAGGAGGUGCCAUGCAAGCUUCCUAAACACAUAGGGUUUCUAUGCCCUCCAGUCCUGACUUGCAACUACCCCUUUUAGCAGAUGCUGCCUGUUAUACUUUGUGCCGCACUGCAUGGUGGUUUCCUGUUGAGCACAAAAGUCCAGUGAGAACUAGACUGAGAAGAGCAAAUUAUCUCUCGGUUGGAACCUACGGCAGAUUGAAACCCAAUUUGUCAUGAGGCAAAAGGCUAACGAAUGAACUUGCUGUGCUAAAUAAAUAGUUGUCCUGUUUUGCGGCAGCACUGAGCACAUGCCUUUAUUUGCUUGAUGUAUUAUGUUGUGUUUUCUGUAAUAUGAGGUCCUUUUAGUGAUAUCUCCUCAAUGAGAACGAAUUAAAGCUUGAAACUGAUAAGAUUCUGGCUUGGGGAUUUGUAGGGAUCUAGAUUGCUAGUUUACUCUUAUUGAUGCUGUUUAUAAAUUAGAAAUUUGAUAAUUAAUUAUACAAACACUGCAGUAGAAAAUGCAGCUUAUCUUUAAAACAAUAGAUUCAAUUACUAUAUUCUAUUUUGACGAAACCACCUCUCUCGAUCUAAUGCAAGAAUGUCACUUUUAUCUCUUGGACAAUUUAGUACAGGGUUUUCCCUGUCCCUAGCUCUGUAAAUGUGAAAUUGACUACAUUUCCUCUGAUGGGGCCUGACCCAAAUCCCACUGAAGUCAAUGGAAAGACUUCUAUUGACUUCAGUGGACUUUGGAUCAGGUCCAUGCCUCUUAAUAGUUUUGCUGUGGGAUAGAAUCAAAUCUGAGCACGAGGGAUGUUCUGACCGCAUUUUCAGCAUGGUAAGAAUGUAUUCUGCCAGGUGAUUUCUAUCUCAUGUAGGCUGUGAUUCACCAAAAGCACUUAAGCACAUGCUUAACUUUAAGUAGACCCACUGACUUCAGUGUUACAUGCUUAAGUGCUUUGCUGAAUCAGGGCUUUGGGGGUGAUCCAAAAAACAUGAAGGGGAAUCUUUCCACUAAUUUCAGUAGGCUGUGGAUCAGGCUGUUAGAGUUACUUUCCCAUUUUCUGUUCUUAAUUAUUUGUAUUGUGGUAGUGCUUGGCAUGGUCCCUCUGUGCUGGGUUAAUUUCACUCACAGGGAAUGGGGAAAACAACCAUUAGGUUUGAUCCUGAGAGGGGACAUGAUAGCAGUUUUCAGGUAUCUAAAAGGGUGUCAUAAGGAGGAGGGAGAAAACUUGUUCAUCUUAGCCUCUAAGGAUAGAACAAGAAGCAAUGGGCUUAAACUGCAGCAAGGGAGGUCUAGGUUGGACAUUAGGAAAAAGUUCCUAACUGUCAGGGUGGUUAAACACUGGAAUAAAUUGCCUAGGGAGGUUGUGGAAUCUCCAUCUCUGGAGAUAUUUAAGAGUAGGUUAGAUAAAUGUCUAUCAGGGAUGGUCUAGACAGUAUUUGGUCCUGCCAUGCGGGCAGGGGACUGGACUCGAUGACCUCUCGAGGUCCCUUCCAGUCCUAGAAUCUAUGAAUCCUUAAAGGGUUCCACAUGUGGAGCUCUCACAUACUUCAGGUUCUAUCCUUUGAUCUCAUGGACGGCCAGGGAAGCCAUAAGCAGAGACUAUAAAGAGUGUCCAUCUCACAUAGUGCAUUCAAACCUACUGCUCCAUUUACAUCUAGUGAAUUACUCCUAGCCCAAAAUACAAUUUAUUUUAAAACAAUCCCUAAAUAAUCUAAGGACUUGGAUCAUCAAGAAAUUACUUUUCUUGGCCCAUCGAUUUUAAAAACUCUUCCAAGCCAAUCGUGAUUUUAGUUUAAUCCUUCACCAAAGUCCAUCUGUUGCAAAUACUGCUCAUUACUUUUAACAGCAUGUCCAAUUAUGUUAAGAGCAUUGAGUGUAGGCUGAUAAACCUUCGCUAUUAUGUUUAAUUCAUGGCAGAAGAUGAGGUGUUCCCUAAACUAGACUAUCAAAUGAUAUAUAAAUUAUAUGUAAUGUUCCUCUCCGUGGGCUAGACUCUUCUAGCCUUGAUUACACAGAGUAGCACCUUAUUUCCCAUUGACUUCAGAGGGACUAUCAUGAUGUAAGUUACUCUGUAGGCUAAGGAUAUUGCAAUCUGGCCCAUAGACAGUAGACCACUGAAGGCCAUGUGUGUCAUUCAGUCCGAUGUCUUCACAGGACUACUCACUAUGUCAUUUCAUAAUGAUGGUGCUUUGACCAUGUGCCAUUGAGAAGAUCAUUUCAUUGCACAAUUUUCUCAUACAGUUAAGAACUUUUCCUCAUUAGCUGCAGGUUUUUGCCCUUUUUCCAGCCAUCAUCAGAGAAUAAAUUCUGCACUUCCAUUAACUAUUAGGUAUUCAUAGGCUAUGACCAAGUUCCCUCCAUCACUCCAAAUCUCAUUUCUAGUUUAUAUGGGCCAGAUCCUCAGCUGGAAUAAAUUGGCAUAGCCCCAUUGACUUGAAUGGUGUUACACUGAUUUACGUCAUCUGAGAAUCUAAUCCGGUACAUUUGUUUCCUUAUACUUAAUGGCUUAUUCUCCAACUUUGGAAUAAUACUCGCUUCCCUUCUUUGCAUUUUAUUUAGCAUUCCUGUAAUUUUCCCAAGCAAUUUUCCAAGUGUGCUCUAACCAGGGCUAGGCUGAAACCAGAUUUCUGUGCCUGUCAAACACAGGAGUAGAGUUUUAACAGUCCACGCAAAGAAUAGCAAAAGUUAUGCCAUUUAAUAUAUAGAUGGAACACUCGGGCUAUAUGUCACAGGUGGGGAGUGGGGGUGCGCAAGCUUUUAAUCUGCUAUAGUUACCCAAGUCACAAGUAAAUAUUAUGGCCCAAGUUUGCAAGGUGAUGAGUUUCCUCAAUUUCCAUUGAAGUCAAUGGAAGUUGGGGACAUUGCUAGUCUCAUUCUAGUCCUCAUUAUUGCACACCAGUGACUCACUACAUGAUUGACACUCUGUUCAAGGGAGGCCCCUGACUGAGGAAUGAUUGCAGAUCAGGAUUGAGAUGCACUGGCAAAGCUGUGUGAGGGAAGCUAGCACAGUAUUGCAUGCUCUGUGCAUGGCUCAAGCCGGUGCUAUUGGUCCUUCAGUUAUCUGAGUGCAGAGAUGAAAGAAAUUAAAUAUAUUUUGUUGACAAAAGACUUGAGGCCUGAUUUUGAUCUAGGUCCAUGGCAUGGAUCAUAGUGGGCCUUGGAAAUCUGCUAAUGUGCAUGGCACAUGCUGUAUUUCCCCCACCACAAGAGAACAGGUUUGAAGUUGGUGCAUCAGCUGGGCACAGAAAAGUCUGCAAGCUUUGUUUCCAUUUUGGUGGGCUGUUCAGAUUGUGCUGUCCCAUGGGGAUAUGUUAGUGUGAAGAUACGCUCAUCACAUGGCAAGUUUACAUUGCCUUGAAACAACAGCUUUCCCAAUCAGAUGAAUCUCAGAGCAGGCAAACACUAUGGAAGGUUACUGAUCUUAGCUACUCACAGAUGUGGCUCUACCUUCCACUGCUGCAUUGCCCUGUCUUAAAAUCUCCACUUGUGCAAACGCUGUCGGUGACUCACCUGAUAUGUAGUGAUGUGACUCAGUUUACCACAAGCAGUGGGAGCAGAAUCUGCUGUUCUCCACUACUUUUCACUGAUAAAAUAGGACUGGCCUUGCUGGCACAUACAGAAUUAGGAUAAAAUGAGGUUAGGAUCUACAACAUAUUUUCACAUGCCACCCCUGUCCCUACUUCCCCCACGUAGACUAGAGUCUGCAAUCAUUCCUGCAUAGCCAUCUUCCCAUUCCACCCCACCUUGGUUUUCACAGUUGGAUCCGGCCCACUUAGGGAUCUGGGUCAGGAUCCCAAGAAUCAAAGUUUCUGCCUUGCACGUUGAUGCUAUGGAGCAACAAUGCCCAGCAGUGAGAGGGAAACUUUAAAUUCUGCCUAUCUUCAUGAAGCCCUGCAGUAUGUGCUAGACUCUAUCGCUGUAGCGUCAAACAAUCCAAAGUUUCUAGGGCGAGUCAACAAAAACAAGGACAGCAUCUUCCCACCUCCUUUCUUUUUUAAAAAAGGAAAUUGUUUGACUUUAUUAAGUUUUGAGCAGCCCCUCUUAACCUUGUGGCCUUUUCCUGAAUCACUGGUUAGGAAUCUUUCUAAAGAAAACUUUAAAAUGUGCAAUCCCAGCUAUCCAAAGAUACUCCACCAUCUGCUAAGGUAGGUUCAGGUUCUUUAUGAGGUAUCAGAGAAACUAAGGGUAUAGAAAGGAAACUUGCUGGUCUGAUUAAAGGGGAUUUUUUAAAACUAGUAACCCUUAAGAGCCUGAUCCAAAGCCCAUUGAAGUCAAUGGAAAGAGUCCAGCACAUUACUGGGUGAAGCCAUGUUAGUUUGCAACCACAGUUGAGGUCAGUGGGAGUCUUUCCAUUGGCUUUGGAUCAAGCCCUAAAAGUUUUCCAACUAAUAGUAAUUAUCAGAGUGACACCUUGAUUUUUUUCCCCCUGUACAGACCUACUGGUCAAACACAUAAUUACCUGUGUUUAACAUACAGGUUUGAUUUUUUUUGCUUUCAGAGACAAUAUGCUGCUGGGUACAUUUCCCAGGGAAAAUGGACACCUACCUACACACAAAAGUUAUACAGCUAAUUUAUACCUUUUUGAAUUUAUAAUCUUGUCUAUGCUUCUAUGGACACUUUGUAUGGGCUGCAGCUCAAAUCCUAAAAUAGUAAAGAAUUUUUCCUUUCCCAUAUAGUAUUCUCUUUACUUUGACUUUAAAAAAAAAAGCGUAUAAAUGCAAUAAUGCAGGUAGACUAGAAAUACUAGAUUGAAAAUUAAAGUAGUUUAGCUUGUCCCAUUGUGACUUACAGUGUUGUAUGACACCCAACGCUGUAUCCUAGCAUUCUCAAGGCUUCCUACGUAGCUGAAUCUAGUAUUAGCUUUGAAACCCAUUGUGUGAAUGGCGGGUGGGUGGAUUGGAAAUGUGUACUCUCUACACACUGUAUGUUACUCACAUCAGAAGCUGUAUGGCCACUCCAUAUGCUGUGAAACUGUAAAUGAUUCCAAAUACACCUGUAACUCUUAUCAGGAUUGUGUGAAAUAAAUUAUAUAUAUAUAUACAUA